CCUUUGAUAAUUGAAGGCUUUAGUUCUCAUCCACUUUUGCACAACAUGGCUAACUCUUGUGUUGGGUUGUUUUUGUUCUUUGCUCUCUUUCUUAGCCAUGGGAUUGUGGAACUUGAAGCUUCACACCAUGUUUACAGAAACCUCCAAACUGUUCAAUCUGCUGCAUCUACAGAUCAACCUUACAGAACUGGCUUUCAUUUUCAACCUCCCAAGAACUGGAUAAAUGAUCCUAAUGGGGUUAUGGUUUACAAGGGACUUUAUCAUCUAUUCUACCAAUACAAUCCAAAAGGUGCAGUGUGGGGCAACAUUGUCUGGGCUCACUCUACAUCAAAAGAUCUUGUGAAUUGGACCCCUCAUGAGCCAGCUAUCUUUCCCUCCCAACCAUCUGAUAUUAAUGGUUGUUGGUCUGGUUCAGCCACAAUCCUCCCCGGGGGCAAACCAGCCAUGCUUUACACCGGAAUUGACACAAAAAACAGCCAAGUCCAGAAUCUUGCCGUCCCCAAGAAUCUAUCCGAUCCUUACCUCAGAGAAUGGGUGAAGUCACCAAAGAACCCUUUGAUGCAACCCACUGCCCAAAACCAGAUUAAUGCAAGUUCUUUCAGAGAUCCCACCACUGCUUGGUUAGGCCCUGACAAGAAAUGGAGGGUAAUCAUUGGAAGCAAGAUUAACCGCCAGGGCCUAGUCAUCCUUUACAAAAGCAAAGACUUUGUGAAUUGGGUCCAAGCCCCUAUGCCUUUGCAUUCAGCCAAAGACACCGGGAUGUGGGAAUGCCCUGACUUUUACCCCGUUCCUGUCAGUGGCAAAAACGGUGUCGACACUUCUCUUAAUGGUCCAUAUGUCAAGCAUGUCCUUAAGAUAAGCUUAGAUGACACAAAGCAUGAUCUUUACACUAUUGGCUCAUAUGAUAACUUGAAGGACAUCUAUAUACCAGACAAGGGAUCCGUAGAGAAUGAUUCAGGUUUGAGAUAUGAUUAUGGAAAAUAUUAUGCUUCCAAGACAUUCUUAGACAGUAUCAAAAACAGGAGAAUCUUAUGCGGUUGGUUGAACGAAUCAUCCAGCGUCGCUGAUGAUAUCAAGAAAGGAUGGGCAGGAGUUCACGCAAUUCCUAGGCAAGUUUGGCUGGAUAAAUCUGGAAAACAAUUGAUGCAGUGGCCGGUAGUAGAAAUACAAAAGCUACGAACAAACCACGUAAGCUUACCCAGCAGAUUGCUCAAGGGAGGAUCGGUUGUUGAAGUUUCUGGGGUUACUGCUUCACAGGCAGAUGUUGACAUUUCAUUCAAGAUAUCUGACUUUGAGAAAGCUGAAGUGUUAAACCCAAGCUGGACCAAUCCACAGCUACUAUGCAGCCAAAAGGGUGCAUCAGUGAAAGGCGGUGUUGGUCCAUUUGGGUUGCUAGUUUUAGCUUCAAAAGGCUUAACUGAGAACACGGCGGUCUUCUUUAGAAUAUUCAAGGGCCAAAACAAAUACGUGGUGCUCAUGUGCAGUGACCAAAGCAGAUCCUCCCUAAACCAAGCCAAUGACAAGACCACCUAUGGGGCUUUCUUGGAUGUGGACCCUCUUCAUCAAAGCUUGUCAUUGAGGAGUUUGAUUGAUCAUUCAAUAGUGGAGAGCUUUGGUGGGGGUGGCAAAGCAUGUAUGUCAGCUAGAGUUUAUCCCACAUUGGCAAUUAAUAACACAGCCCACUUGUUUGUUUUCAACAAUGGAAGUGAAGCCGUGAAGAUUGCAAAGUUGAAUGCUUGGAGCAUGAAGAAAGCCAUAAUCAAUUGAAUUUCUUGGUUCCAGAAACUUAUAGAGAGGAUGAUUUUAUCUGAGCUUACCCAUCUAUCACUUUUUUAUGGAUCUAUUAUUACAAUAAUUUCAUAUGCAGAAACUCAUUCAUGUUAACCCAAACCAUUUUUACUAUAAA